CCGACGCUCUGCUGUGCUGGGAGUGCAACAGCGCGUUCGACCCCCGGUGCAGCGAGGACAACUUCGACCCCUACACACUGGCUACCGUCGACUGCGACCAGCUGGAGCUCGAGCACUUGCAGGGCUUGGUGCCCACCUCCUGCAGGAAGAUCACCCAGAUCAUCGGCGACCACCAGAGGACCAUCCGCGGCUGCGGCUGGAUCGAGGAGGACAGGGACGACUGUUACAGCAGGACAGGGACCAAGGACAUCAUCGUCACCUACUGCCACUGCAACACGGACAACUGCAACUCGGGCCACUCCGUCAUGGCCUCGCUGGGUCUGGCCACACUGCUCUUGGUCUUAACGAAGAUCUUUUAGGCUGCCACAAGAGCUGGCAUUAUUGUCAGUGGGUCCAGAUGAUGAAAGAUAAUGAUUUUUUUUCUUUAUUAUAAUUGGCAAAAAACAAUAGUCUUUAAUUAUCGGUAGUUUUAAUCUUUACGGAUAUAGCUAAAGAGUAGAAUGUAAAAUAGAUGAAAUUCUAAACUUAAACAUGCAUUAAUUUCGUUUGAUUAUUUAGAUAGCUAAAAUAAGUCUACUAUUUGUAACACUUAUUUUCAAAAAAAAAAAUCGGCAUAAUAAUACCAUGGAAUUUAUUUUUAAGACAUAAUUAGUCAAGAGUUGAGAAGCCCAUUUUUGUCUGGGUAAGAGUAACUAGUCGAGCCUCUGCCUUGCACGGACAGUGGAGAAAGCAUUUGUUCCACACUGCCUUUUGCACCUGUUAAACAAACGCCAAAACUGUGAAUUUACGAUUGCUCCUUGAUGACCUGAAGUUUACCUUCAGUCUCUUUACACAAUCAGUUUUGAAUCAAGUAGAAGUACUUCUUUUGGAAAGAUAUAUAAAAUAAUCGAUUUGCAGCACUUUAGAACCUGUUUCUCUCUCAUAUUUGUUUCCUUAAGAAUCCUGGGUCACUGUCGGGUAACUUCUAGUAAAAUUUGUAUCUGAAAUGUCAAGUCACCUGUAAGAGAAUCAAAAUGUACAUGAAGUUCGAGUUACCUCUCUGUGAUUCCGCAAUAACUACUUAGAUCCUGAGUGUUCACUCAGAAUUUGCAUUCUCACAGAUGUGUUCGUGGGAGUGACUAGAACAGUCACAAGUGUAGCAUAAUAUGUACAUAGAUAAGCAAUUUUGUGCUCUCUCUCAUUUGCUUUCAAGUGAAACUCUGCCUUGUAAAAUGCAAGUUCAAAUUUUGCUUAGUGAUGUAGGUACAUCCUUAUGUGGAAGGAUGAUGCCCAAUGGUGUGACUGUUAGUUUCUCAACAAAUUCUUAUUUUGAGUCUGGGUAGAAAGAGCCACCAUUGUUACUGGCGCAGCAGUUGGUGUGUACAGAUCUACUGGUAUCAGCCAUUGCCUUACUUCUACACUUUAAUUGACUGAUUACUGUGUUUUGUACAUUGCCAUAUGUCCAACACAAUACUUUCUGUUGGUUCGUAUUAACAUGUAUGGAAGGAAGUUAGCAUGCAAGUUUUUACCUGUCCUUCAAGUCGACUGUUGUCUAAGAUGUUAUAUGAAUUUAACAAUAAAUCAAUGUCUGUGAAAUUGAAAUUAGUAGUACUGAUGUUUGCUCUCUAUUUAUCCUGUUUCAAGUAACUUGUUGUGAAUGUAAGUAGAAACUUUUGAUUAAUAUUUAGAUCAAUCCCUAUGGCCUCAACAGUUGAACAAUGGUAUAAACUAUCAAUACGGAUCUCAUAUCACUUCCAUAUUUGAAAAGCAGUUUUAUUCUUAGUGCACGUUACCCACAGAUUAUAUUAUGAUGUGGAUAUGCAGGUCACACACAACAAAUGUAUAAAUAAAGCCUACUCAAACCUUGCUCAUAAAACCCAAGUUUAGAUUUAGAAACUACAACACCCUUUAGCAUUGUACCAGUCUUGAUGAUACUCAUAUCUACAGCUAGGCAGUUUAGAUGAUGCUAUGUAUGGAUGUGAGAGUGCCAUAGUAGUGCUAUAACCUGGUUCUGUUUCAUGUUCAGUCUCAGUAAAUAUCUUCAUUCCAUGUAAGAUUGUUACCUGCACAGGUAUAAAAAACCAGCAAAGGUGAAGUUCAGUACUGCAUGUUUUCUAUAGUUGUGUUAUUACUUUGCAAUGCAGAUUAAACUACUUUCUAUCAAUGGAAAAUUUUAUUACAGCUGUAUUGAGUUAUUCAUGAUGUAUUCAACAACCUGAAUGUGAAUGGCUGAUGUGAAUGUCCUACAAAAAAAUUUGAAAUAAAAUAAA